CCCUCAUAGCAGCGAGCACACGGAGGUUGGGUGGAUGUGGCCCCGACGUCGUUGUUCAGUUCUCUUCCACCACAGGGACAGCAAGCACCUGAACCCACAACGUCCACCAUGAAGCUCUACAGGACUUUAUUUCGUCAGGCUCGUGCCCUAAUAGAGGAGAGACUUGACUUUUACUCUCAGUUUAACCCAUCACCACUCUCCAUGCAGCAAUUCACGGAUUUUGGGGAGAAUGCAACAAACUCUGAAUCCUUUAUGUUCCUGAAAAAGGAGCUCCCAGUACGCCUGGCCAACAUAAUGAAAGAGUUCCACUUGCUCCCAGAGAACUUGCUGCACAUGCCUUCAGUUGGUGUUGUCAGGGACCUUUAUCGCCAGAGCUUUACAGACCUGUUGGAGUUUGAAGGCAGUGGUGUCUCCCCCAACACGAACAUCCUGGAGAAGUUCACAGACGCGUUGGUCAAGAUCCGCAACCGCCACACAGACGUGGUCAUGACGAUGGCUCAAGGUGUGAUGGAACUGAAGGAUGCCCAUUCCAUCAAUGCCAACACUGAGUCUAACAUACAGUACUUCCUUGAUAGGUUCUACAUGAAUCGCAUCUCAAUUCGAAUGCUCAUUAAUCAGCACACCAUGCUGUUUGGGGAGAACAUCAAUUCCCAGAACCACAUUGGCUCUAUUGACCCUCACUGUAACGUGGUUCGAGUGAUUGAGGAUGCCUACGCCAACGCUCGCUUUCUAUGUGACCAGUACUACUUGGCAUCUCCCGAGCUGAUACUCAGAGCCCACAACGAGAGGGACAAGACUACCAGAGUCAUAAAACCAGCAGGUGGCCCAGAUGAGACACACCCUGUGACAGUGGUGUAUGUACCCUCCCAUCUCUAUCACAUGCUAUUUGAACUCUUCAAGAAUGCUAUGAGGGCAGUGGUGGAGCACCAUGGUCCUGCAGCUGACAACUUUCCUCCAGUGGAGGUGCUACUCGUAAUGGGCCAGGAAGAUCUCACCAUCAAGCUGUCUGACCAGGGGGGCGGCAUCCCCCGGAGCCUUAUGGACCUGCUGUUUAACUACAUGUACUCCACGGCACCACAGCCUGCUGUUUCUGGCCUGGACACGCCUCCCUUGGCUGGGUAUGGCUAUGGUCUGCCUCUGUCGCGACUGUAUGCUCGCUACUUUCAUGGUGACUUACAGGUGACCUCAUACGAUGGAUAUGGAACAGAUGCUACAAUUUAUUUGAAGGCACUGUCAAGUGAAGCAAAUGAACUGCUUCCAGUGUACAACAAGACCUGCCAGAGACAGUAUUCCACCCCAGUUCAGACCCAUGACUGGUCAUCCCAGGUCCACUCUGCUAUGUUCAUUCGCCCCUUCAGCACUAAUUCACGGAACAAGCAUCAACAUAAUACUUCAUAGCCAUACUGAAACAGUGAUAUCACUGUAGUCCCUCUCCACCAUAUCAUACAUAAUGUAGUCAUCCUCAUAUAGAAUAGUCAGUCCAGAUACAUGUUCCUUACAUCAUUCGGCGACUCAGGCUGCGUUCUUAACAUGAACACUUCAGCCACCGUCAUAAUUUUAUCAUGAUCCAAAUUAAGUUCUAAAUCAUACUUGUCUGCCCUUAGACUACUGCCAAAGGUUUUAUCUCCUGAUAGCUCAGGAUUAUAUAACUAGUUUUUAAUACACAGGGGUUGUCUGUGUUUUGCAUGUAAUAUUAACUGUGCAUCUUUUGAGUAAAACUGCCCAAUUUUUUAUGUGCAUUGUUUGGCCACUGGCAGAUAUAUUCACUCAGGGUCAAAGGAUAGCAAAAAAGGUUUGGGAUGAUGGAUACAAUGUCAUCAAGAUAGCUGAUGGACAAAUCAAUGAUACUGGCAAAUGUUGGUUCAAUUAUUUCACCAAAACCUACUUUACAAUACUGAUUGCCAAUAGAUAUUGGUAUUAGUGCUGAGGUUACCAUGUUAGGAUAAUUAAAAGCUUUUAAGAAUAUUUUUUAAUCAUAGGUUAGACUUGGGGACUAGGGUCCCUCAAACAGUUUUGCCAAAAAUACUUGACAAAUUGGCACUUUUUUAUUAUUAUUAUUAUUCUCCACCCCUUCCUGCCUUUAUGGAAAGGGUCACAGGUGACAAAACUGUCAGUGGUCUUUGUUGAUUUUUUUAUGAUCAUGAAAUUGUGCAAUUCUGAGUGUAGAAAGAGUCUUCAUCUUUGCAUAUGAUUUGCAUUGUCGAAGUUUAUUCAGGAUUCUGUCACUUUAUUUAUUGUGUUUCAUGUGUAGGCAUUGAAAUUUCAUUUCUCAUAUAAACAUGUCAUGUGUAUUGCCUUUGUCCUAACAGCAUAGCUCACCAAUUUGUUUACAUAAUUAUGAGAUGUACAAUUAUUUGUAGGAGCACCUUCAACCCUGCAUAUACUAUGUGUUGCAUGUUAGCAGUCAUUUGCCAAGCUUUAAAACAUUACAUUGAUUUCAGAUAUUUAUGCUAGAUAUACUCUGCAGCUGUAGUCCAGUAAAAGUCCAUUAAUUUGGUCACUGAUGGUCCAGCAAGCCCAAGUGUUUGGAUUUUUUAUUCAGAGAUAAUUCAGCACUUCCUAGUGCUCUGGUUUUUCCCUUGGGUAGAAAAUGGAAGGUAUGAGCUGAAUUGAAAGUUCAAACUAAGCACACUGCCCCUGACUAAGUACAGAGUGAUUGGGAGGUGGGGAGGGGGAGAGCGUAGGUGGGAGGAUGGGAUAGAGGGAAGGGACUAUAGCAAUCCAUUGUCUUACCAACAACAGUGUCACCAAAACUGUGCCCCUCACCACAAGGCUUGCAUACAGUUGUGAGUGCAUGAAUAGGAGAGGAGAGAGGGAUGGUGAAAGGGACAUGGGAGAAUGCAAGAAUUAUAACAUUUCAAAUUUCAUUAUGGAACAACUUUGCUCUCUACUACAUACCUGCCCACCCUCUCUUCCCCAAAUCAACUUCCCACCCACACUUCCUCUUUCCUUUGUUCCUUUCCGAGUCCCUCUGUUUGCAGCAAGUCCGAGUUGAUAUGCCUUAAUUGAACUUUUAAUCCAGCUCACAUCAUAAUUUACACAAAAGUACAUUGCAUAUUUAAAGAUGAUCUACUCAGAAUAUGAUAUUCUUUUGCAUUUCACAAGUGUUCUAAACAGAGAUAAUGAUUCUCUUGCUCUCUUGCCUUUCUUAUCAUUGAAAUCUAUUAACACAAGACGUGGAGGCAGCCUCAGUUCAUGGAAACCCAUCUCUUUCCUCUUCCCUAGCAUUCCCUAUCACAGGGUGGGAGCAAUAGGGAGGCAUCCAACACAGGAACUUUUCACCAUAGUACAGUACUUCAUUGGCAGGGGGAGUGGAUGAAAAAAAAAAAAGUCUUAUUGUCCAUACAUGUCAUACCAUCCAAUAAUGUAGCAUAUCUGAUAAUCUGGCACAUGCAUGGUCUCCUGCAAACUAGAUUAAUGGUCUUUUUACUGUAUUUUUUCUCUGUGCUAUUUUCUUGGUGCUCAUUAUGUGUUAGAUAUUGCAAUAUUCAAAAUUCUUUUAGUGAUUGUUCUUAAUGGUUACUUUAUCCUUAGCACAAAAUGACACUGUGUACAGCUUAGUGGCUUGUUUCUCAUAUUUUUGGUGCUAUUAUGCACAUCGGUCUGAUGUUUUGAAAUUGGCAAUAACAAGAAAAUGGCAGGGAACAAAGAAAGUGUAAUGUGUGGAGGAAGAAAAUAUGGUGGGAGGAGGAGCAAUAGCAGUAAAGGCUUACAAGCCUUUCAUUGCAGCAUGACACCUGAUGACAUGCUGCACUGAGUGAGAAAACAAUGCAAUUAAUGUAUUAAGUUGAACUAUAUUUAGCUAAAAUGACUGGUAUUUUAUUAAAGAUUUUCAGAGAGGUUAUAUCCACUAGUCUGAUAGGCUAGAAUUUUGAAGGUUUCAAAAAUGAUUUUUUAAGCCAUCAAAGGGAAUAUUUUUUACCGUGCUUGUAGUAUUAUGGUGAGUGUCCAUAACAUGAGAAUAGUUUACAUAGACGUUUGAUUUAGCAGAACCAAAAACUAAUGAUAUGAAGUGUUGAGAUCACUUGUACAAAGUCAACAUAACUGGCUGCUAGUUCACCUUGUGUGAUGGAUGUGUGUCCUUUGUAAAUAGAGAUUGAUAUUUUUAUUUAUUAAAGUUCCAGUAUGAU